AUGACGUCCGUCGCGCAAGGUCGACCAGGCCGGCCGCGCCUCUCCACGAGCGACGCCCGGCGCAAGGCCAGCUCCACGCGCAGUCCAUGCGUCAUGAACACGUACCGUGAGAAGCUCGCAGUGCUCGAGCACCUCGAAGCCUACGGCAUCCAGAAAACGCUGGCCACAUACCACGCUGGCCUCGUGGGCAGGGCCCGCGACAGCGCUCGGUCGAGGAUAUACCACUGGGCGGCGCGAAAGGACGACAUCCGCAAGAAGGCGAGCGACCCCGCGACGAGCGAGCUCCGCAAUACACGCCCGCGCGGCCUCAGCACGACGCUGCCGCUGGAGGUCGAAGACCGCAUCUUGGAGUGGAUCGUGGCGCUGCGCAACGACCACAUCGACGUGACGCAUGCGAUGGUGCAGCGCAAGGCCCGCGACGAAGCGGCGGCGCUGGGCCUCAGUGCAAAACAGUUUACAGCGUCCUGGUCGUGGCUCAAGCGCUUCUUGCUCCGGUACAAGAUCUACGAGCGCAGCGACGAGAGCUCGGACGACGACGACGACGAAGCCAUUCACCAUGCGACCAACGUCGCAUAUGCUUCCUCGCUAUGCCAAGCGUCGUCGCAGUCGGCCGCCCUGCCCUAUUGA